CCACACAUUCAGGAUCCUCAUCUAUGUACCAGCUCAAUUACCAUCUUCUCUCUAUCCUUAUAUAAGACAACAGAAAAGAGAAAAAGUGAUAACACAAAAAGGGAGAAAGUGAAAAAGAAAUAGUAGUUCACAUCCACUAGCAAUUUUAUUUUAUUUUUUUAAAAAAAAACUGCGUUCUCUCUUUUUGAUCAUAGCUAGAUAGCAAUAUUUGAUUGAAUAUUCAAGAUGUUGGAAGGGAAAGCAGUAAUUGGAGACACAGACAUGCUUGCAACUAUGCAACAAGAUGCCUUAGAUUUAGCUGCAAAGGCACUUGACAUCUUCGAUGUAACUGAGGCUACUGAAAUUGCCCGCUUCCUUAAGAAGGAAUUUGAUACAAUGUAUGGACCAGGAUGGCAAUGCAUAGUAGGGACAGAUUUUGGUUCAUUUGUAACACAUUGUUAUGGUUGUUUUAUCCAUUUUUAUAUAGGGAGCCUUGCUAUAUUGCUCUUCAAGGGCUCUGCUGCUGUCGAGGAUCCCAAAGCUCAGGCUAACGCUGAUCGUUUCUCAGCUCUACAGGAAAUCGCCUGAACUCACUUCUCCAUUUUACAUGUACAAUAUUAAUUAGGAAAAGAUGAAAAAAACAAUUAGGAAGUUCCAUAAUUUCACAUUUAUUUUCCAUUUGUCUCUUAACUUAUUUGAGUUAUGUAUAUGUCAAUUCGAUCUGGUCGUCGAUCAAUUUAAUUUUUGUUGACUAUUCUA